GAUAUCUCUUAUCAAACAUGGGUGACAUUAAUAACAGACUCUUUGGAGAGUGUUUUGAAAUUAUUGUUGGCACAAAUGAAGAGUAUAUACUUGCUUUCAACAUCAAAUAUGCCAAGGAUGGGCAUUUUACGCUCAAUUCAGCUUUUGCAAGCCACAGUCACUGCAGCGGCAUCAGGAAGCUGACGAUUUGUGGACCUCACAUCGUCUCUGGGGGAGUUGAUGAGAUGGUCCAUGUGUUCAAUUUAAAGAAGCGCAACAAGAUUGGUGUUAUUGGUGAACAUGAAGGCACCAUCACAGAUCUGCAGCAACACAAACAGAAAUAUGUUUUCUCAGCGUCUGAAGAUGGAAAAAUUUGUAUAUUCCUGGAAGGCAAAUGGGAGUGUGAGAAGAAGCUCAUCGGACACAAAGGAACCAUCAACAGCGUAGCCGUGCACCCCACGGGACGUCUCGCCAUCUCCGUAGGCCAGGACCGCACGCUGCACACCUGGGACCUCAUCAAGGGCAGGAAGGCUUACGUCUCCAACCUUCAUGAAGUUGGCUCAAUAGUGAAGUGGUCGCCCAGCGGGGAGGAGUACGUGGUGGUCGUGGACAGCAGAGUGGACCUGCACGCCGUGCAGUCCGCGCACACAGCGAGCUACUCGCACGACUUCUUCGUGCGCAUCAACGACAUCGCCUUCCUACAGGAGAAGGUGCUGCUGGUGGCGCUGGAGAACGGCCGUGUGGCGGUGCACGACUUAGCUGCGGGGGCGACGCUGCAGGCGUGGGAGGCGCACAGCAACAGAGUGCGCGCCAUGGACCUAAUGCCCCCCGCCGCCCCCCACACACACCCCAGAUACUACCUCGUCACGGGGUCCUCUGAUGGCUGGAAGGAUGACCUGAGUGAGCCCGCGGAGUGCGUGAGCGCGAAGGACACGCAGUGCAGGAUUACGUGCCUCGUGGUCUACACGGACGCGCACUACAAGGAAGCAGUCAAGAGCCGCACGCUCGACCAAGUCAACGUCAAAGUCAACCGCAUGAUGCUGCGUGGCAAGCGAACCAAGUCAAAGACCAAGCGCGUCAAGCGUAGAGCAGACGACGACGACGAUGAUGACGAGAUAGACGAGACGGAGUUCAAAGAGAAGGUCAAGGUGGAGUACGUACCCGUGCCCGUACCCAAGAAGAAGAAGAGGGUGACCAUCGUGGAGGACGAAGAGGAGGAGGAUGAUGAGGAGGACGAAGAGCACAUAGACAGCCAGGUGGAGGUGUACACGGGGUACCAGGCCCUGAAGAUGAUGGGGCUGGCCAAGGAGGAGAAGGAGACUGAAGGAACUUCCGUCAGAAAGAACAGAGGCAAAGUUCCUAAGCGGUUCACUGAGUGA